CGUGCGUGCGCAGAGCCGCCCUUGCCCUGUGUCUGGGAGGUUGGAAGAUGGAAGAUGAAGAGGUUGCUGAGAGCUGGGAGGAAGCUGCUGAUAGUGGGGAAAUAGACAGACGAUUGGAAGAGAAGCUGAGGAUCAGCCAAAAAGAAAAGAAAUCGAGGUCCCUCUUGAAGACCCCCAUAGUGAUCCAGGACGACUCUCUGCACGCUGCCCCUCCCCCACAGAUCCGAAUCCUCAAGCGACCCUCGAGUAACGGGUCCCUGGGAGCCUCCAGCCCUGCCCAGCGCCCACCGGCACAGGUGAAGACGCUGGCACAGAGAGAGGCUGAGUACGCAGAGGCUCGCCGCAGGAUCCUGGGGAGCGCCAGCCCAGAGGAGGAGCCAGAGAAACCCAUACCGACCACAGACAGGCCAGUUCGAGUCAGCACCCCCUUGGAGGAAGCCAGGUCGCCCAACAAUGUGAUCCGGCAGCCGAUGGGCCCUGAUGGCACACUGGGAUUCCGCCAGUGGAGAUAAGCAGAGUGGGGGCGAGAAUGCACGCCCCUGGAACCGCAGGACUCUCCGGCUUGGAGGAGGAGGUGGGGGGGAGGAGUACAGGUGGGGGUGGGGGAGACCUCUCCCCCACUCCUUCCCAAACCCAUACACCCCACCACCAUCCAUGGGGAGGAUGUGCAGAGGGAGAGGGGGGAGGUAUCCGCCUGAACCAAUCAACGCACUGUGACGAUGAAGAAGCAGCAGCAGCAGCAGCCUCUUCACGACUCCGCUCACUGUGACCUUUGCCCCUCCCCCUCUUGCACUGUGCCGCCGCUCCCUCCUCGCCUGGCCCACUGUGACUGGCACACCGCUACGGGCUCUCCUGGAACGCCCUUGCAGAAGAAGAGACUCUGCUUCAAGGAACUGAGAGAAAUAAUAAGCGAAAGAGGAAAAAAGGAAAGAAGCGGGUGCCAGCUUUUCCCAGCAAUAAUAUUAUUCACUAUCUCCCUAACCAUCAGAUCGGUUGUUUUUUUUUGGGGGGGGGCGGGGUGUGUUCAUCCUCACACCUGUGUUUUUUUGUUUGUUUUUUGUUUCAUAUCAAAUACGGUGCCUGGUAUCUCUGCAAGAGCACCUUUUUAAUGUGUUUUUCGGGGUCUACCUUGUUUGUAAAAUGUAAGUUCUACUUCAUUUUUUUAAUUGUCAAUUAUUAGGAAUCAGAUCGUUCCUUAAAUGCAAUUUGUAUUGUAAAUAUGUAAAGCUGAGCAGAGAAUAGGGACAGCCGAAUGACGGGGGUCCAGCCUAGCUUGUGGGGACCUCUAGUGGGCCCCUAUUGUGUUUAAUGUGCCACAUGCUCCUUUCACUGUUAGUGUUGUAGUUUCAUUGAGGGGGUGCACUCCUCGCUCACGGUCCUCACCACUGUUUUUUUGUAGUGAGUUUGCGUACACCAACAAAGUCUGUAAAUUACGUUUUUGUCAAGCUGCUACUAUGCAGUUUGGGGCUUGAAUUUGGUUUAAGUGAAAUUCCUGGUUAAAAUAAAAAUCUGAGGACUGAGGUUGGUAACCACUGCGCUAGUGCAUUGUCACGUUUCACAGACACUGAUUGGGACUCAUUUUGAGACUAGUAGUCCCAGAUAAUCUGUGGCUGUAAAAUGAAACGAUAACGCGCUAGAGCAGUUACUGCCAGCUGCAGUCCUCAACCAGCACUAAGAACCUGGGACUCAACUGACAGUCUUUCUUGUAUCCAUCACAGCAGUUAUAUAGCUAAAGACAACACAGUUUUCAAUGACUUGACAAUGAAUUUGCUGAAACAAGUCUUUAAUAAAAAAUGGUUGUGUUUUUUUUAAAACUGUAAAUUUGCUCCUGUGCUUAUGAAUAUGAGUGUUUGUUUUGUUCUCCUGCCCCAAUAUAGAGCUGUUAAACAGCCUCAGGCUUGGCAGUCAGUGGUUUGCAGGUUUCCCAGUUCCCAUCUUUGACUGUAAGCAUUCCAUUGCAGGACAGUGGUGUCUGCAAAAUCUUCCUCGUUGCCUUAGCAGACACAAUUGCUUUCAAAAACUGCCCAGCUUUAUUUAUGGGGAAUUUGGGUGUGCUUCCAUCACAUGCUCUUGUAGGGUUUUUAUAUAAAGGUGUAAAAAGCAUCUUUAGAAAUACACAGUAUGUUGGGCAAUCAACUAUACUGAGGCAUCUGAAACAGCAUGUUAAAAUGCAUAGAUGCUGGGGUCUGUUGGUUGGAUUGGACUUGAGGACACACAAUACCUAACUGUUCAUGUGGCUUGGAUACUUUCUAUUCUAUCUUGGAUACUGUCUUCAUUUGCAACCCCUGGUGCACUUGGUUGAGCUGACACCUGCAAGCAUAUUUGUACCCCGAAGCAUUGUACCCAAACUUGCUGAUCUGUGACUAGCAAAAUGUAAGGCCCUACAGUGUUGUGUCCCUCAAUUUUAUAAGCCACUGAUACCGCCAUCACAACAAAUCUCUGCUUGAAAUGACUUGCUCACUCUUCCAGUACAAACCAGGGGUAUGCACUACAUGUGUUCCAAGCCAAUUGAACAGAUAAGUGUUAACAUGACUGCAGAUUCUUACACGCUAAAUGAUGGUUCUGACUCUGGUAAGGCAUUCGCAGACAGUGAAAUGUAAUGUGAUGUUUUGCAGAGACCUGUUGCUGGUCUUGAACAUGGCCCUAGCUGAACUCCCCAACUUCAGUCUCCGACUUCAAUUCACUUAUUAAAAUAAAGACUACUAUAGUGUAUUUAAGAUUAACUUAAAGUUGGAAGUUAACUCUGCAACCAUAUCCUGAAGGAGGAGGGUUGCAUCAAUGCAGUGUUUUAAUUUGGGGGCUCCCUCCCAAUUCUCUGAUAUUAUUUUUGAGUUUACUUUUAGUUCAUUUACAGUUGUUGGGGGUUUUACAGUAAUCUUUGCUUGUAAAAAAAAAAAAAAAAAGUUUUGUGGUCGAUCAGUUGAUAGCCAUACUGCUUGUGACUUUUUCUUGGAGCCUUUUGUGUUCCACACAUGUUGUUGUGUCCAGCAGAAAGGGGCAUACAGUAGACUUAACUCUGUCCUUGCAUGUUUGUUCCCUUUCUGUAAAGGUACCAUCUUGUCCCUGGCUAGCGGAUAAGCUGGGAGCUUCGUCUUAAACUUAGGUAAAGCUCUGGAGAAGCUUUAGAGUCCAUUGGCCCAGCCAUCGAGGAAUUAACAUUUUAUGUGUGUGUGUGUGUGUGUAUUUGUGUAGCCCUCUAUGCUACAUAGUAUGACUUGUAAGAAAUCAGAGGAAGAUGCAUAAAGAACAAAUUGAAAUGCGUAUCAAAUGUAUCGACAAGCACUGUCCGGGGGUCUAGCCAGGAGUGAGAAUAUCGAUGAUAAUUGUGUUGCUUGGAUUCAAAGUUGAGUGCCUAUGAACAUUAAAACUAACCCUGCCCAAUAGUCUCAAGGUGUUGUGCUGACCCAGUGAAAUGUAUUUUGUGUGUGUGUGUAUGUAUGUAUGUAUAUAUAUAUAUAAUAUAAUUAGUCCUAUGUUGUGCUAAAUCAACGAAUGUGCUAAGCCAUGAUUUUGCCAGGAUAGCCUUUAUUCAGACACUCCCUCACUUUGUAGCAGUUUAAUUUGGUUUUGGUUGUUGAUUAAUGGUUGUGAAUCCAGAGUAGGUCCAAAGACCAGAAAGCAUUGCAUAAUCACACAACAGCAAUUGGCAAUGCUAAAUGAUCCAUAUAUACAAUGUUCUUUUGAAUUUAUAUUGACACAGGCUGUGUUUAUUUAGGGAGUAGCCUAUAUAGUGGGUUUGAAAAGACAUAAAUACUGAAUCGGCAUCUUUACCUGAUAAAACAUGAUCUUAGUUCUCCCCUCAAUUGCUUUGCAACAAUUUACUCAGCUGCUUUAUUUUAGGUUUAGCUUUUUUUAAAUUACAAAUAUUUCAAUUGUUUUAAAUUUAAAAUUUCAUAUGUUGAUUAUUUUCAAAAACUCACGGGUUAAUCGGUCUGGCUUUUAUUUUUAUAUAUAUAUAUAGAGAGAGAGAGAGAAAACCCUGAACUAGCCUUUACUAUGUUUGAUUUGAGCUGUUUGCAGUUCGUACAGAAAACCAGCACAAAAAAAAAAACCUGAGGCCAAAGAGAAUCACACCAAAUUGAAAAGAAGUCAGGGAGCCAGUGACUGGACUGGAAUUUGAAUUCUGGUCCCCUGGCUCCCAGUCCUCUACUCUGACCUUUGAGCCAUAAAAGUAGACUGUAACUCAAAUGAGCAGAAACCCAUAUGCCUGAAUCACCUGGCUAAACCCCUAAUUGUUGCAGCAGAUGCUUUGGGGAGUAUUGUGAGAGGCUUUGGGCUUGUUAAGGGUCUGGACUUAGAGGCUUGUUUUUUAGAAAUGAAUAGUCAGUUUGGGUUUAAGGGAUUGUUAAAUUGAGCUCUGAAAAUGCAUCCUUCCGCUAAAUCUGUAGAAGAAUUCUGAGAAGGCAACUGAAGUAAAAAUUAAUAAAAGAAAUGUUCUAAAA